GGUGGAUUCCGACAGUUCCCACUUGUCCUGUGCCGUCGUUCUCCCGCCGUCUUGCGCAUGUUGGCAAUCUGAAAAAGGUGUGCCUCCUGAGAUUGAGCGAGCGUUCCGCCACGUGGAUGCAUUACCGAAAAUGUCGGCCACAAGGACCUGUCGUAUAGUGCAGCUGGUGGCCAGCACUUGCAAACGAUGCCACGUAGCAAGGAGGCAAAGCGUGACGAAGGCGGCUGUCGGGGGAAGGAAGGAUCGAGCCGCCGUUAGUCGUUCUUCGACGUACUGCGCUUCCUCAUUGGAUGCAACGUCAGCAGGGAGGAAGACGAUGAGGCUGAGGGCCACGUGGUGCCGGUGCGUGAAUACGCGAGCCGUUGAGGCGCCGGGAUUUGGAACAGUGGCGAAGCGGCGGGGUGCAGGGUUCUCCCAACUUGGUCGAGGGGAUUUCCUCUCCCCAUCAUCGCUGUCUGAGCUACGGAAUUCUGCCACGUGUCGUGAUGGCGGCCGUUCAUUUGCCAGUCGAGUAAGCAUGUCUGUCAAGACGGGUAUAGUCGGCUUACCGAACGUUGGCAAAUCUACGCUCUUCAAUGCACUGGUUGAGAAUGGGAAGGCUCAAGCAGCCAACUUCCCGUUCUGCACAAUAGAGCCCAAUGUGGGAGUGGUGGCUGUUCCCGAUACGAGGUUGGAAGUUUUGACGAAGAUUGGCAAAUCCCAGCGGACAGUGCCUACAAGUGUGGAAUUUGUCGACAUUGCUGGACUCGUAAAGGGAGCCAGUGAGGGGGAGGGUCUGGGUAACAAGUUCCUUUCACACAUUCGGGAGGUCGAUUGCAUCGUCCAGGUUGUGAGGUGCUUUGAGGAUGACGAUAUUGUACACGUCAAUGGCAAAAUUGACCCCCUGAGUGAUGUGGAUAUCAUCAACCUUGAACUUGCCCUGGCUGAUCUUUCUCAGAUUGAGCGCAGAAUAGAGAGAUUGGGGAAGGGAAAAGCGAAGGAUCCUCAAACGAAAGCAAAGGAAGAGCUUGAAAUGGGAGCAUUGCAGAGAAUCAAUGAGGCAUUGCUGGCAGGUCAGCCUGCACGAUCGGUGCCUCUGACAAGUGACGAGCUGAAGGUAGUGCAGGCACUUUGCCUGCUUACAAUGAAACCUGUAGUCUAUGCUGCAAAUGUCAGUGAAAGCGACCUCUCAGAUGCAGAUGCAAACCCACACGUUGUAUCUUUGAAGAAAUUCGCAAAGGAUGCUGCAGCUGAAGUUGUGGUCAUAUCUGCACAGGUGGAAGCAGAGCUUGCAGAGCUUGAUGCAGCAGAAAGAAAAGAGUAUCUGGAGUCUUUAGGUGUUUCAGAAGGGGGCCUUGGGUCAUUAGUGAGAGCAACUUAUGCAUUGCUGGGACUCAGGACAUACUUCACAUGUGGUGAAAAGGAAACAAGGGCUUGGACAAUCCAUGCAGGAAUGACAGCACCACAGGCUGCAGGUGUCAUCCAUUCAGACUUUGAGAGAGGCUUCAUCCGCGCAGAAACGGUUGCAUAUGAUGACUUCAUUCAGGCAGGCUCGCUUAACGUGGCGAAAGAGAAAGGCCUGUUACGAUCAGAAGGCAAGGACUAUGUUGUACAAGAAGGCGAUGUUUUGCUUUUUCGGUUUAACGUGUGAGACUCUGCAAUGUCUGGAGAGAAGCUGGCUUUGAGUCAAUCUGUCAUGCGUGCGCUCUUUUCCCUCACUUCAUGACUAUUUAGUAUUUAUCCUCUCUUCGACUGCCUGCCUUGUGAACCAUCAAAUGCCCAGGGAGAGAACACAUAGUAAUUGGUAUAGCAGCUAGCAAUGCCUAGCAUACACCAAUUCAUGUAACGUAGUGUCUAUGCGUAUACUGGUCAAGCAGGCUUUCUUUUCUCCACUCGCCUGUCAAUCACCGUCAUGAUCUUACUGUUUCCACAGAGGUCGAUCGUGCACUAUGUCUGCUCCGACAGCAGCACACCUCAUGAUCAACCUGAAGAGAGUAUUCUCCCUCCUUUCCCCACCCCUCCUUCCCCUCUUCUUUUUGAUAAGGCCAGCCCUCUCAGCCCCUUCUGCCUGUGAGUUGAUCUCAAGGGAGGUUGUCCAGGAUGAGAUAAGCAGCAGAGAGCGGCCUUCAAGUUGUUCUUUUGGCUCAGUUUCUCGAGCUCGGUUUGAGCGUCAGCUCUCUCUUUCGCAUCUUGCCUUGUCUGACUCUUCUGCAUGCGACGUGUCAACGGUGUUAUUCAUUUUUGAAAUUUUGAGCUAUAAACGUCCCUUGGGGAUGUAUGCUGGUUCCAAAUCAAGUCAAGAGAUUGGAUUGCAAGUUAUGGUGGCACAUGUCUCUCUCAACAUUGUAUCACACAUCUCUCUCAACAUUGUGCCACACACGUCUAUCAAUAUGCCACCACAGG